AUGCUUAGAACACCGGACAACAUGGGAACAAGCACGAUAUCGAUACUGAGUCUGUCUCUGAUGCUUUGCCUGGGCCUGGCCCACUCCCACGGCUUUGGCGGAAAGUUUGGCGGAGGCCAUGCACCAGUCUAUAACAACUUUGUGCCCUAUCCCGUCGUUCAACCCGUUCCAGUUCCCCAACCCGUACCUGUUCCAGUGGCCAUUCCACAGCCCAUUCCGGUGCCAGUGCCCCAGCCCGUGGUGGUGCCCAUCAAGCAUGGUUGGAAAGGGGGAUUCGGUGGUCUAGGCGGUGGAUUCGGUGGAUACGGCAGUGGCUUCGGUGGCGGCUUUGCAGGCUCUCAGAGCUACGCCUCCUCUUUUAGCUCUGCCAGCGCCUUUGGCGGCGGCUAUGGCGGCGGCGGCGGUAUUUUUAAGAGACGUUAA